GUUCCUCAGAUCAAACCAGUCUGCUUAUUAACGAGUUAAGACUAACUUGCUGUAGGAAAAUACCUCUGACUAAUAACUCAUUGGAAACAUUGGAUUAUAGUAAACAUCAUAAGGCAAAACAUCAUUAACAGGUGCUGAAUUCUCCUGACUGACUGCAGGCUGAAGAAGCUGUAUUUAUGGCUCAAUAUGACCAACUCGAGGAUAAAGAUUCUCUGGAUAUUCAUGAUAACCCUCCUGCUCCAGACAAUGUUGUAAAGGAGGACGACAACACUGUUUAUUUUGUGUAUGAUGAAGAGGUUGAGGAAGAAGAGGCCCCUCCUCCUCCAACCCCUGAGCCUGUAAUUCAGAUCAAUGACAGGCCACACAAAUUUAAGGACCACUACUGCAAGAAACCCAAGUUUUGUGAUGUCUGUGCACGAAUGAUUGUCCUCAAUAAUAAAUUUGCCUUGCGCUGUAAAAACUGCAAGACCAACAUUCACCACUCGUGCCAAUCAUAUGUGCAGUUCCAGAGAUGCUUUGGGAAAAUACCUCCUGGAUUUAGACGGGCAUACAGCUCUCCUCUCUACGAUCAAGAGAUCAAUAACCCUGGUCAGCAGAACCGCAGUGACCCGGUGUUUGAAACACUGAGAGUGGGUGUGAUCAUGGCCAAUAAAGAGAGGAAGAAAGGCUCUGAGGACAAAAAGAACUUGUUGAUGAUGAUGAUGGAGGAGGAGGAAGCUCAACAACCGAAGGAGGUUGAAGAGGCUGGUGAAGGAAAGCAAGAUGGAGACAAGAAAGACAAAACUGCAGCAGAUGACAAGAACAAGAAGCAGCAGCAGACAUUCAGUCAGUCUCACUAUUAUAUGGCUUUGUAUCGCUUUAAAGCCAUCGAGAAAGAUGACCUGGACUUCCAUCCAGGAGAUCGCAUCACAGUGCUGGAUGACUCCAAUGAGGAGUGGUGGAGGGGUAAGAUUGGGGAGAAGACAGGAUACUUGCCCAUGAAUUACAUCAUCAGGGUGCGAGCCGGUGAGAGGGUGUAUAAAGUGACACGCUCCUUUGUUGGAAACAGAGAGAUGGGCCAGAUUACCCUGAAGAAAGAUCAGAUUGUGGUGAAGAAAGGAGAGGAGGUGAAUGGAUAUCUGAAGGUCAGCACUGGCCGCAAACUGGGCUUCUUCCCUGCUGACCUGCUACACGAGCUCUGAACGAAGAUUUAAUCCUGAAGAAAACAAUUCAAGCAGAAUAAUGGACGGAGAAAGAGGAACAAAUAGACAAGCCAUGACAAGAAAGACAACAUUAUCUGACCUCACUGUCAUUUUGACAGAAAUAUGAACGUAUGUGCGUGUACACAGGGUCUAAAUGUAAUACUUACCAAGCACUAUAUAUGAAUACAAAAGAAAAGUCAAAAUAGUUGCUCAAUCGUUGAGGAACAUAAUACAUUAAUUUACACUGCAAGAAUGAUGUUCAUUGGUUUUUUUUUUUUUUUUGUCUAGGACUAAUUGUGGCAAUACUUACUUUACAUUGAUCACAGUAAGCAAGCAGAAACAGAUCGUGGAGUCUGGCUAAUCUCAGAUGUCAGUGGUUUUCAACCCUGUUCCUGGAGCUCAACAGCAAAAAUUUUACAUUUCUAUUUAAAACAGAGUUGAAAACCACUGUCAUAGGUUAUGUGAUUAAAUGACACAACAAAAUGAUCUGCUUCUGCUGCUCCUUCUGAUGAAUAUUUUUGACAGUUUUAGUAAUUUCUUUGAGGGCAAAUCUCAAUGCUACACCAUACAAUGACCUUCACGAGAAUUGUAAGCUUGUCUGAACAGCUUGGAUUAGCAUUAGUUCCUCUAAACAAAGUGAGUCAAUCAUGAAAUGCUUUAUUGAGAUGUGAAAGAACUUGAGUGCUGAGCCCUGCUGAACACCUUUGAUGAGGUGUUAAAUGACCCUCCUAAAGCAGCAAAUAUUGAAGUACACAUGUCUGGAAGAAAUUGGCAUAAUGGGUGAAACUGCUUAUAACACAUUUAAGGUCCCCUAAAGGCCAAAUGGGAUCAUUGAUUCAAAUUCUGUAAAUAUCCUUGGCACAAGCUAAAUGGCUGAAUUUGUCAAAUAAUAGGCAUGUCCUUGUUCAGUUUGUGAACCAGUGUUUUAGGAGUGUGUGUGUACAGUGCAGUGUCUAUUCAUUAGCCUUCCCAUUCAUCUCAGUGACAGGUGCUCUACUGGACACAAUCAUAGAUGCCAUGUGUUUAUCAAUUUACAAAAGAACAUAAAAACAAAUCUAUUCUAGCUCUCAGACAAUAAAUAAAUAGAAAUUACAGUUGUGUAUUAUAGUAGAUCUAGAAAUGAUAUUCCUUGCAAGUGGUAAAAAUGAUUAAAAAAAGAUACAACCUGAUUAGCCAUUUAGUUAUCAUAUGAGUGCGCAUAAAAUAUGCACCAAAAUGUAGUAUGAAAGGAAAUAUUAAGUUUUAAUUUCUCUUAAUGACAAUGUAUAUUUCCUGUCAAUAAAAACCUAAAAUACAA